AUGGUCCGGAAACCCAACUGGGCCUUGCAUUGCAUUAUGUGGCAUGGCAUGGCAUGGCAAGUCGUCGGUGCUGCUGCCGCCUCUACUGGUAGCAUAACACCUAUGGGCACCAAGAAGAAGAAGCACCGUGGCGGCCGCAAGCAUCGCCGUCCCCGUCGCAAGUCCUUCGCCACACUCCCCGAAGAUGAAGGCGACAGCGUGCAGGAAGACCCAGAAGCACCCGCGCGGAGCAGUGGUGCCUUCUUCAUGCAGCCACGCAACAUGAGCCACGAGAGUCUCGACAGUCAAUCACUGCUGGAUCACAGGGCUCAUCACUUUGGACAGCGGCCACGACGGCCAUCUGUCCUAGCUUCGCCCUUUCAAAUCUCGUAUCAGGGAGACAGAGGUUCGCAAACUUGGAGGCGCGCCCAGUCCGGGCGGCAGGAUAGUGACCGUGACGACGACGAGCGAAACAGAACCGACGAAGCGGAACCCUUGUUGACCGGCUCGCUGCUACGAGAGGCUGGCCAGCGCAGAGGUUAUGGUGGUGCCAACAGCGAUGGACGGCCCAUGUUCGAACGGCGUGGUUCCAGCAGAUCAAGCAACAGGAGGAACAUACCUACAACGCCAUCUGGCGACAAGUACAAUGUGAACUAUCCACCAUCAAUGCCACCCUCCCCGAGAAUGGGCGCUUCCGUCGUCAACUUCAGCGACGAGAUGAUGCGGGAGGAGAUGAAUCAGGCCUUGUCACAGCCAUCGAGCUUGAUAGAUGUCGAUGACGAUCCGCUACAUGGUUCCUCGCCACUGCAAAGGCGACACACAAUUGCACUCCAGGCCGAAGACGACGUGUGCUACCCUCAAGAAGGCAUGUCUGAAAUCGCCGAUGAAGAAACCCAGCCCUCACAGGAUCAGCCCAGCCGACGGGUCCGCAGACGCCGCGACAGGUGGCCUGAUCUGUCUAUCCUAGAGGAUUGGAGCGUGUUCGAGAAGGAGAUUAUCGAUAGGAAUGAGGAGAGGCGUAUGAAGAGAAUUACCGAACCACAACUCAUCAAUGGCAGACUCCGGCCGACACAGAAGGGUUGGUUCAAAGCCGAGGAAGACGCCCCCUACCGCUUCACAUAUUUCAACGAGGAGUUCCAAAGCACUAUCCACAGUCAAACUAUUUCCGAGCUCGUGCAACCUGACUCUAGCUUCCAAGAACUCUUCAUUCCGGAUCGGCCAAUCCUGGACGACACUUCGGAUGAAUCUGAAGACGAAGCUCCCCAACCAUCCCAGAUGUCCGCCAGGGGCUCCAUCAGGAACGGUGAGCUGGGUAACGGGUCGAAAUUCCCUACUCGACAACCCUCCAUGGCCAUUUCCCACAAGGCUGCUGAGCAGAACGGGCGAGAUACGAGCAGACCUCUUUCUCCACGACAACAGCCUGCAAGUUCUAACGAGACAUCCCGAAACCAGUCAGGUGAUGCGACGCCGGUCGGGUUUGACAUCAAGUCGCCCGAGCCAAUUCCCAGACCGGUCCGCUAUGGUGAUCGUCCUGUCUGGUGGCUUGAUGUCCUGUCACCCACAGCAGACGAGAUGAAGGUCAUCCAGAAAACCUUCGGCAUCCAUCCUCUUACUUCGGAAGACAUCAUGCUGCAGGAGCAACGUGAGAAAGUCGAGUUAUUCCGGCAUUACUAUUUUGUCUCGUACCGGUCAUUUGAUCAGGACGAAGAGAGCGACAAGCACCUUGAUCCUGUCAACAUGUACGUCGUUGUUUUCCGGGAGGGAAUCAUCAGUUUCCAUUUCGACCACACACCACACCCUGCCAAUGUGCGCCGGCGUAUCAGGCAACUGAAAGAUUACAUCGUGCUCAGUGCCGAUUGGAUCAGCUACGCCAUCAUCGACGAUAUCACAGAUGUUUUCGGGCCCUUGGUACAAAACAUCCAGGAAGAGGUCGAUGAUAUCGAAGAUGACAUAUUGAAACUAAAUUCCGCACCUUUGAACAAGCCAAAGAAGCAGAGAGAGGCCGAUGAGAAAUCUGUUGCCGCGACAGGAGGAUCGCCAGAGGCUAACGAUGGCGAUAUGCUACAGCGAAUCGGCCACUGCCGGAAACGAGCCACUGAGCUACUCAGAUUGCUGGGUAACAAAGCCGAUGUUAUCAAAGGUUUCGCCAAAAGGUGUAAUGAGCAUUAUGAGGUUGCACCUCGAAGCGAGAUUGGUCUGUAUCUCGGAGAUAUUCAGGAUCACAUCGUCACAAUGACAGGCAAUCUGAUGCAUGCAGAUAAAACACUCGGGGUGUCUUCCAACACUUACCUCGCUCAGAUCAACAUCCUGAUGAACAAGCGAGCCGAACAGACAAAUGAUAUGCUGAACAAGCUAACUGUCCUGGGUACCAUCGUGCUUCCCAUGAACAUCAUCACCGGUCUGUGGGGUAUGAACGUCUGGGUUCCCGGACAAGAAUACGAGGGUGAUCUUGCAUGGUUUUGGGCUAUCACGGCAGGUCUACUCGCAUUCGGCAUGGGCUGCUACUUCACGGCCACGAGAAUCCUCCAGAUCGCUUAG